UUAGAAUACUCAUUGCAAGUUGCAACACGAAAGCAGCCACACAUUUUUCCAUUAACUAUUAUAUUAAGAGAAUAUUCAAUCUUAUAUAACCACAAGAUGAACAGCCUGAAGACAGCCACUUUGCGUUUCGCCAAUUUGGCCAGCUCUGCGACGGGUGCACUGGGCAAACGUGAUUUCACCCGCAGCCUGUGGCACAUGACUAAAACGCCGGCGGACGCAGUUGGCGACCACGUUACCGUAUUGAAUGUGCACAAGCCCAGCAUUAAUUGCACCUGUGGCUGCAACGUGCACACCAAGGGCGAACGCGAGCUGGUCGAGUUCCUCACCGAGGAGAUUCUCGCGGAGCGUAAGGUGCAAAAGGGCAAAACGGUGCCCACCACAUUGGACGGCUUUAGCGUGAAGCUGACCGGCUCCGAGGUGGAGUUAAGCAAACAGACGGACAAGGAGAAGGUGAUCAUUAGCCUGAAUGUGAAUCACACUGUGGAUAGCGAGCAGGAGCCAGAGAUUAAUCCCAAUGCGGACAAACCCGAAUUGGGUGAAAUGCGCAGCAAGCCGCAAUUCGAGGUGGAUAUUGUUAAGGGCAACACAACCCUGUCGUUCACUUGCUCCUAUUUGGAGGGCGAGGCACAGGAGGGUGAAUACAACGAUGUCUUCUCCAUCGAUGAGAUGUCCAUUUACGAGGGCGAAUGGAAUGAGAAAAUCUAUGCCGUUGCUGGCGAUGUGCUCGAUGGUUAUCUGUAUGAUCUGUUGAUGAAUCUGCUCGAGGAGAAGGGCAUCAGCAAUGAGUUUGCAGAGAAGCUUUCCGACUUGGCCACCGCUCACGAGCACAUCUCCUACAUUGCCUUGUUGGAGAAACUGUCCAAAUUCACAGGUAGCAAGUAAUUUCCUUGCUGUGUCUUCUGUUGCUAACAUUAAGCCAUAAGUUGUGUAGAUUUAUAAGUUUUUCAUCAGCAGUCGCCGCUAUAUGAUUUUUACCAACUCGAUGGUAUUUCGCACUGAAAACGUUUUUUCAUCGUUUGUGUUUUUAGUCCGAAUCCAAAAUAGUAUUUAAGUCAAUAGAUUGAUAAAAACAAAGAUUGUUUUAACAUGGUGUAAUUUGCCAAUUGUUUAUCCAAGUGUGGCAAAUGCUCUGAUUUUUGAUUAAGUGAAAUAAACAAGAAGAAAACACUUUGUUCAA